AUGGAAAAUUUUGCCAUGAUGCAAAAUGUUACGGUGACUGUGGCAGAGUUUGUGUUGCACUGCGCAGUCGAACCUGACAAGAAGAAUCUCACCAUCAUAUCUCUUUUCUUCAUCUACUUGGUGACAAUGAUUGGGAACCUCCUGGUGAUCGUGGUCAUCACAAUAAACCCUCAUCUUCACACCCCGAUGUUUUCGUACAUCUGCUUCUUAGCCAUCAUCGAUGCUCUUAACAGCUCCAAUCUCAUCCCACGCAUGCUGGCCGUCCUGCUCUUCAACUCCUCCAUUGUGCCUUAUGGACCCUGUUUGCUGCAGAUGUCGGUGGUGUACUUCCUGGGGAUUGUGGAGGCUCACCUGUUAGUUGUAAUGGCCUGUGACCGCUAUGUAGCGGUGGUUUAUCCACUGAGGUAUCCAUCGAUUGUUACAAGUAAAGUAGUCUGGGUCAGCAUCUUCUUGGUGAACAUCAUCACUUUGGCCAUCCACGCGCCAUACCAGGUUUACGUAAGAGAGCUCUCAUUCUGUCGCACCAAUGUCUUGCCCUACUGUUUCUGUGACUAUGCAACCAUGGUUCAAAUUUCAUGUACCAACGAUCCCAAGUACAUUGUCAUCAUGUCCAUCACGACGGGAAUACAAGCCGUGUACUGUGUAGGUCUGACCCUUUUCUCCUACUUAAGAAUUGGCACAGCGGCUCUGAAAAUCACAUCCGACAAAGGGAAGCAGAAGGUCUUCAGUACCCUGCUGACCCACCUUCUGGUGGUGGGCCUUUUCUAUUUCCCUUUAAUGAUCUCCUACAUCCUGCCUGGAGUCGGGGUGAAGCUGUCAGCUGAAGCCUGCACUACGUUGGUGAUUGUUGCCAUCAUGAUCCCUCCCAUGAUGAAUCCCUUAAUCUACAGCUUUAGGAACAAGGAAAUAAAAGGCAGCAUCCGCCGACUUUUCACAGGAAAGCGAACAUCUCCACAGACAGAUAUGGAUUAA